UUAUUUCCCUGUUAAAGUCGGUCAAAGAGACUAGUGUAUUUAUCUAGCUAUAAAGUAAUUUUAAAAUGAAUAAAAAUGUUGCUUUGCUUUCAAAUGUCACGCAUAUGGCUUUUGGCAAUCUACAGCGGGACGUAUGCUAUGUAUGGGCACCUUUGAGGUUUAAAUGGGUCUAAUUGUGAGGCGGCCGCUGAUGUCAUCUUAUCUACUUUCGUUUUCGAUGAACGUUUAAUAACCUUACCUUUUGCGUAUUUCAAUGCUGUAUUCACAAGAAGGUAGCUCUUUUUAUUUAUUAAGUCUGCGUGGACAUUCCAAAGCAAAAAAGAGCGGAAGUUCGCGUCCCAGUUCAAGUGGUUACGGUUCUCUGGACCACACAUCGGAUUUAAACAGUACAAUACUUCCGUCUUCCAGAGAGUCGCUGACAAAAAGCUUGGAAAAUUUGAACCUAGAUUCACUAGAAUCUCCGAAAUCGAAGAGACGCUGCUUCGAAAUUUCAACAUUUGAGUUGGAAGAUAUUGAAAGCGGUUACUGGUCCGACUCUCAGGCUGAAGAUAGAGAUUAUUACGUUAAACUUGCUACCAAAGAUGACGAAGACGGAGAUACGAUGUUGUUUAUUAAAAUUAUUCAUAAGGAAACCAAACAAGUGUUGGAAAUAAUCAAUAAUUUGCCGACAAUAGAGCCAUUACAUAGGCACAACCUACUGCGUCAGUCGGCGUUGCACCUCUCUGUAUUGACGGAUAAUCCUGACGUGACUCGGCGUCUUGUGGUUGCAGGAGCGGACGUUUGUCGACGAGAUAGGCUGGGCAACACACCUUUGCACAUUGCAUGCAUACAUGGAUUUGCAGAAUCAGCUAAAUCACUUAUUACUCCUAUAAGAUAUUCGGAAGCGAGAAAAAAUCGCUACAAAAUACCCUAUCAACAGAUACCACAAGAUACGGAGAUACGGAAUUUUGAUGGCCUUACAUGUUUGCUUCUUGCUUUACAACAAAUGCAUACAAUCGUUGCAGGAUUGCUUAUAGAAAUCGAUGCCGACAUAAACGCAGUCGACCUUAAAAGUGGGAAAACUGCGCUACAUAUCGCUGCGGAGAAUGGGCGCCGUGAAAUUGUGGAAUAUAUUCUGAAAAGGACAGGUGUUAAAUUGAAUGCGGGAAAUUACGCGGGAUACACGCCGGCCGAGUUGGCACAGUAUAAAGGCCACACACGUUGUUUGAAUGUGCUUCUUGUACAUGGAGCAGACUCCCCUAGACCGCUUCCACAUGAAAGUUGGGAUUCCGAUGACGACAGUGACUAGAGCAUGUGCAUCGUUACGAGUUCCUGGAUUUAUACCUUUGUAUUGGAAACCACCGGGUUUCCAAAUGUUUCAUAUUUACACAUAUUUACAUAAUCACGCGUUUUUUCUCUGACAUCAAACGAUUGUUUAAACAGAGAAUAUUAACAGCCACAAAUAAUAAACCUAAGCUUGUUUAUGCAGUUGUAUAUGCAUUUAAAUCAUGAGAUACUGUUGUCUAUGAAAAAUAAAUACAUCGAAUUUCAGACAAA